AACAGAGUACGUACGAUUAAUAUAGCUCAGUUGACUGUCAUUAGGUUAGUAGAUAGGUACUUAAUACUCUCACAGUGUAAUCUCAAAAAUUGUAUUCUCAUUAUUGGAUAUCCUGAUGUUUUUAUAUUUGUUACAACUGUAAUUUAAUUCCAAGGAAGUUUAAUAGACUGUGUUCAAGAAGUUAUAGCUAUUACUGGUGUUGUAUAUUGUUUGAUAUUGUAAACAAAGAGAUAGUUUUAAAUAUAAUGGCUGUGGUGCAAACCGGUAAAUAUUUGUUUUCGGUUCUAAGCCGAAAUAAUAAUAUACGAGCUCUGUCGACCACAAUUUCAAGAAAUGCUAAGGUAACUUUCAAUUGGGAAGACCCAUUGAAUUUAGAUGGACAAUUACACGACGAUGAAAAGGCCAUUCGGGACACCUUUAGAGUUUAUUGCCAAGAGAAACUACUUCCUAGGAUAAUCGAAGCAAAUCGAAAUGAAGUAUUUGAUAAAAAAAUUUUUAGGGAAAUGGGAGAGUUAGGUGUACUUGGUUGUACUUUCAAAGGUUAUGGAUGCGCCGGUGUAUCCUAUGUCACCUAUGGAUUGCUCGCAAGAGAGGUAGACAGUAUUGACUCUGCGUACCGAUCUGCUCUGAGUGUACAGAGCAGUUUAGCCAUGGGUGCGAUAUAUCUUUUCGGCAGUGAGGAGCAAAAACAGAAAUAUUUGCCGAGAAUGGCUAAAGGCGAAUUAAUUGGUUGUUUUGGACUAACUGAACCGAACUUCGGCAGUGACGCAGGGGGAUUAAUAACUAAAGCUAAAUAUGAUUCGAAAUCAAAAACUUACACAUUAUCAGGCUCUAAAAUCUGGAUUACAAAUGCACCCAUUGCAGAUAUAUUAAUAGUAUGGGCAAGGAACGAGGAAGAUAAAAUAAGAGGUUUUAUUGUCGAACGUUCGCAAGUCAAAAAAGGUUUGGCUACGCCCAAAAUCAAUGGAAAAUUUUCGUUGCGCGCAUCGGAAACGGGCAUGAUAUUGCUCGACGAAGUGGUUGUACCGGAGGAUAGUUUAUUGCCCGACGCGAUAGGUCUGAAGGGGCCGUUUGGAUGUCUCAAUAACGCGCGGUAUGGGAUCGCUUGGGGCGCUCUCGGUUCGGCCGAAUCGUGUUUGCGCAUUGCCCGACAGUACACAUUAGAUAGGAAACAAUUCGGAGUGCCGCUCGCAUCGAAACAGCUAAUACAGAAGAAGUUAGCAGACAUGCUGAUAGAGAUUAACGUGGGAUACCAGGCUUGCUUAAGAGUGGGACGUCUGAUAGAUCAAGGUGAAGCGGCACCUGAAAUGACUUCAAUAAUUAAAAGAAAUAAUUGCGGAAAAGCCUUAGAAAUAGCGAGGAUGGCUAGAGACAUGCUUGGUGGUAAUGGUGUGUCAGAUGAAUACCAUGUUAUAAGGCACGUUAUGAAUUUAGAGGCGGUCAACACAUAUGAAGGCACUCAUGAUAUUCACGCAUUGAUUUUAGGCAGAGCUAUUACUGGAAUACCAGCGUUUUAAUAUAAAUCCAAAAUAAACAGAAUUAUCGAUAACAAUCUAUAUAGGUUUAAGCAUUUACUUAAUUAUGUACCUAAUAGAUUAAAUUGUGAUUAAACAAUUUUUAUUUUGUAAUGUAAAUAUUUACCGUUAGUAUAUUAAAUAAUUACUGGAUGUUAUAAAUAAAACUAUUUGAUAUUAGGAUUA